AUGACUUCAUUCUCCAUGCAAUUCAUGAUCUGCCUAUGUCUCGUGGUACUCUUUGCCGCUGCCUCGGCUCCAGCCGCCGCGUCGCCGAUCGGUCUAGCUCCACGUGCCCCCAGUUCUCUUCUUAAACGUGCAGGAAGAGACGGUCCUGCGCAACGAAAAGACUAUUCACGGGCUCCGUCUUGGAAGCGCUCACCAAUGCACGCGCCUUCUUCUGAACCUCUCAAGUUCGUACGCGCCCCGAGCUACAAGAAGAAACGAGCUACUGUCAUUACGGAUUCUGGAAUUAUGGUCCGAUCCGUUAAGUCCCUUAACGCCAAGCGGGCGGUUGGUGGUGUACCUGAUUCCGGUCCAAUGGCCGCAGAUAGUUCACAUCAAUCACAUGUUCUUGAAAGACGGGCUGUGGGUGGUGUCGACAUAUCAGGAGCCACAUCUGCGGUUCAAAGUGAACGCCGCUUAGUCAGUCGAGGAAUGCAGCGUACCAGUAACUUGAAACAUGGAGAAAAGAUGGGCGGACCUCGUGCUUGGUGA